AUGGCUGCCAAUGUACAACGCAAAGCUUGUUUGAAGCAAAUUCAUUCUCAGUACUUGCAAAAGCCUUUGCAACACUAUGAGCCUUCUUGCAAAAUGGGCGGUGCUGUUCUGCAAUUUGUUGUGAAAGAUGAGGUUGAAGAAGAGGCUGGAUCAUUUUCACCUCAACUUUUGUAUGGUGAUAAUAGUGAAAAUGAAGCAAUUGACCCUGAGGAGGACAGGAGUAUACUAGAAAACGCGCUUAUAGCUGUAAUUGAAGAACGAAAAGAUCAGAUUCAAGAACCUGUGGCGCGAGAGCAACCUCCAUUAUUGGAGAAGUUCAAUCUGAUUACAGCCAUGGGAGCCAUGGAGGAAGGUGAUGUAGUAAUUGGUUCUGAUGCUGAACUGAACCUGGAUUCACAGGUAGAAUGGUGGCUUGACAAGUACCGGACAAGAAAGCCCAAAACUCACUCUGAUCAUGACAAUCCACCUCCGAAGAUUGUGCUAGGAUACAAGUUUGCUAUCUUCUACCCAGACCUGAUUAACAGGACAGAGACUCCAACUUAUACAUUUGAGACUGAUGGGAGCAAUGGUGAGACCUCCAUUCUAAGGUUUCAUGCAGGGCCACCUUAUGGGAACAUUGCAUUCCGAAUUGUGAAAAAAGAUUGGGAUAAGAGUCAUACAAAGGGAUUCAAGAGCAUGUUUGGUGGAGGCAUUUGUGGCUUCAUUUCAACUUCAGACGCUACUCCUAUCGCAGGUGACAUAGAGCACUUUGGAGAAGAGCUUUUAAGGGAUGAACUCCUCAAGAGAGGCGCCUUGGAAGAUGAACUCUUUGUUGAGAAACUUCUUUUCUCUGUGGUCUCAUGGACGUCGCUAUUCUUACUACUACCCUAUGAUUUCCUCAUUCUUGAAGGUGAUCCAUCAUUUAUUUUGGAGACACUGCUGUCGUACGGUGCUCCAUUAUGGGCACUAGUGCCAAUGAAAGAUGCCAUAUUAGAUGAGAUUGAUGUUCGUGAAUCCCCAGUGAUUAAUACCGGUCGUGAUCAAUGGGCAAUUAGGGUAUGUGGUUGUGUGCUAGCUAUAUAUGCUUGGGAGAACAUGCAUGAUGAUUAUACGCAAAUGGAACGUCAGAGUAAUGAGCUAUCAUCUACCGUUCCUCCUCUCCAACUUCUCUUACGUUUCAUCGUUCCAACUGAAGAGUGUAAAUCCAUUGUCGCUAAUGGCUAUCAGCAACGAAAAGAUGGUAGCUGCCACAAGAAUGGUCAUAUAUUUGCCGAUGCAGCAUCAUCAAGAUUCCCAUCAGAAAGGAACCGUUCGAGUAAAGGCGGUGACCAUCUGGAUCAAAUGCAAGUUAAUGAUCAGCAGUACCAGAAUAAAAAUACUCCGAGGAGUGAUCCAUACGUUCCCACUGCUUUUCCGUCUACAGGUGUCUAG